AUGCUGCGUGCCGUGUCCGGCAGAGCUUUUCUUGCGCGCGCCGCAGGGGCUCGCUGCGUUGCGGGAACUGCAGGUUUUCAGAGUUUACCGAAGUUUGAGAUUCACGACGUCCGCGACGAUCCCGCACUGGGAACCAUGACGCGUGUGGCGGUUGACGGCAAGGCGUUGUUGAUUUCCCAGUACCCGCAGCUUGGGCCGCGCAAGGUGGACCCGAACGAUUUGAGCCCGCAGUUUGACGCGGACCGCCGCAUCUCGGUAAGGUUGCGUCACGUGGAUCUUGCUGCGUUGGUGUGCGUUUGCCAGAGCCGCGUGCCAAAGCACGAAAUGGCGACCAGGGCCUACACCCUGGUCUUUGAAAAGUCGGUGGACGGUUACCGCCUGCACGGCAAGAUUCAUCGUGUGGCAUCGCAGAAGAUGGAGGAUUGGUCAGUAAACUUUGACAAGCACUUUGCCGUGACGCUGGAUCACUUCCUGGAAAGCGCCCUCACGGAGAGUUUUGGAUUUCGCCAGCACUAUGCCGUGCGGGUCUCUGAGGGUGGCGCACAAGAUGCCGACACCGCUCUAGGAAGCGCUUCUCGCAGACAACAAAGGUUGAGGAACGCAGAAUCGGCACAGCGUGGGUGA